AUGGCAUCUGAAACCCCAGCCAAGCGACAAAAGUCUUCCAAGGAUGUGCCAUACCGUCUCAUCUACUGGCCUGGGUUUCCCGGCCGCGGAGAACAUAUCCGUCUAGCGUUGGAAGAAGCCGGUGCUGAGUACGUCGACACGGCCCACCUCGAGGAUGGCAUAAACGAUGUUCUUGCAUACAACAGUGGUGAGCAACCCAAGGACGAAACCAACAUCCCGCUCUUUGCACCACCGAUUCUGCAGCACGGAGACCUCGUCAUCAGCCAGACACCCAAUAUUCUCUUGUAUUUGGGGCCUCGUUUGGGGCUGGUGACCGACCUGGAAAAUGAUCCUGAUGGGCUGUACAGGAUCAACAGCCUUGUCCUCACAGCUCUUGAUGGCUUGAGCAACGAGCCCCAUGACUGCCACCACCCAAUUGCCACAGGUCUGUACUAUGAGGACCAAAAGGAGGAGAGCAAGAGAAAGGCCGAGGAUUAUGUCAAAAACAGGCUCCCCAAGUUCUUGGGGUAUUUUCAACGUGUGUUGGAGUCAAAGGCCAGCGGCGACGGUCCGUGGCUCUAUGGUGGAAAGUUGACAUACGCAGACUUGGUCCUGUUCCAGUGCUUGGACGGUUUGAUGUUCAUGUUUCCCAAGGCAACGACCAAGUUGGAGCGUGAGGGCAAAUAUGGGAAGGUUUUUGCGCUUCAUAAAGCUGUCGCGGAGCGUCCAAGGAUCGAAAGCUAUUUGGAGAGCUCACGGCGAGAGAAGUAUUCCAACGGCAUCUAUAGAUACUACGAGGAGUUGGAUUUUGAAGGCUGA